CGGUGCGGCGGUUUUGUGUUUUCAGUCUGCGACAUUGCAAGUUUGUUUAAUCAUUUUUCGGCUUAAUUACGCGUCGAAUCUUGAGGGCUUGGUGGUUGGUGGCAGACGAAUUCAAGUGCUGCUGCUGAUAAAUAGAGUGAGGAAAACUGUGCAAAUAUUUAGUGAAAAUUGACAAACGGAUCGUAUUCAGGGUUUCCCAAUUAAGAAGAUGAGGUCGUCUCGAGAUAAACAAGCAGCGAAGGCAUUAUGGAAACGACGAACGAUCUAACGAGAUUACCGUGUCUGUGUUGUAAAUAAUUUCCUUUCGAGGAGAAUGUCUGUGAUUCGGUCGAUUUAAUUUUCGGUGGUGAUGGUGCUAAGACCUCGAAAAGUGCUAAUGUGAUGCGAGAAACACUCAACGCAUCCGCGUGUGCGGCGCUUCUCGAUGCUGUCAAUUGGGGGGAUCCCCAAUUACUUCUCUCCUUAUCAAUCCUAGCUCUUAUCAAUGUUAUGGUCAUUGUGGGCAACUGUUUGGUCAUAGCUGCCGUUUUCUGCUCCUCCAAACUGCGAUCAGUGACGAACUUGUUCAUCGUUUCUUUGGCUGUUGCCGAUUUACUAGUCGGAGUUGCAGUUUUGCCCUUUUCGGCGACUUGGGAAGUUUUUAAGGUCUGGAUAUUCGGCGACGUUUGGUGCAACAUGUGGCUGGCUUUGGACGUCUGGAUGUGCACCGCUUCCAUUCUCAAUUUGUGUGCCAUUUCUCUGGACCGUUAUGUGGCCGUCACGCGUCCCAUCACAUAUCCCAGCAUCAUGUCCCAUUCCAGAGCCAAGCUCUUAAUCGCUGGCUUAUGGGUGCUCAGUUUUGUUAUCUGUUUUCCGCCGCUGGUCGGGUGGAAAGAGACUGAAAGACGUUGUCCUUGGAAGUGCGAACUGACUAACGAGGCAGGGUAUGUUGUGUAUUCAGCCCUUGGUAGCUUUUACAUACCGAUGUUUGUCAUGUUGUUCUUCUACUGGAGGAUUUAUCGAGCGGCUAUAAGAACCACCAGGGCAAUUAACCAAGGAUUUAGGACGACCAAAGGUUCUCGCGGUUUCGGCAACCGUUUCGACGAGCAACGUCUCACGUUGCGCAUUCAUCGAGGCCGUGGCUCUUCAGACAAACGUCCCCACGGCUCCCCUCACAGCAACGGCAGCAACAGCACCACCACAAGCAGCGUCAGCCCCAGUCCUUCCACUCGAGGCAAACACGAGCGCGUCAAAAUCAGCGUCAGUUAUCCCUCCAGCGAAAACCUUUCGCCUAAUCCAAACCUCCUAGCUCCUGCCUCACCCACACAGUUCGCCGUUCAUUACUCCGUGAACGGAAAGGACACCACCACGGCGUUGUACAAACGCGAGAACCAGCUGAGAGUGCAGAGACUGAGCUCCAGGAGGAGGGCCUCCAGGAGGUCAAGCAGUGGCGAUAGCGAACGCGCACCAAGUCCGAGUCCGAGCGCUUGUGAAGAAGGGAAGAAGGUGAUGUCGAGGAGAAUGGGCAAGAGGAACAUCAAGGCGCAAGUGAAGAGGUUUCGCAUGGAGACAAAGGCGGCCAAAACGCUGGCAAUCAUCGUCGGAGGUUUUAUCUUCUGUUGGCUUCCGUUUUUCACCAUGUAUCUAGUGCGGGCGUUUUGUCCCGAUUGCAUUCCACCGUUGCUCUUCUCCAUACUCUUCUGGCUGGGGUAUUGCAACAGUGCCAUCAAUCCGCUCAUUUAUGCCCUCUUCUCCAAAGACUUCAGAUUCGCCUUCAAGCGCAUCAUCUGCAAGUGCUUCUGCAAGGGUCGCGAUGGAGGCGGUCGUCGCGGUUCCGACGGUUCGCAGCUCCAAGGCCGCCAGUUCCGAUCUCCAAGCUACAACGUGCAGCAGCAGGGAAAUUCGCUUGGAGACGACAGUGAUCCAGGCGCAGAUCCGUCGGAUUCGAGGUGACGUAACCGCAGACGGCACGUUUCACAAAUGUACCUGGACAAAAACUCGGUUUUUAAAGUGGCCAUGUGUUUGCACGGCUGACGAAGAAACCUCGCCGGAGAUGGCGACCACAUCUAGACAUACUAGUCUAGCAUUUAUAUUUAUUCGUUCUUUUUUGGAGAGGGAAAGAUUAACGACUUAACUCUUUUAGGAUAAUUUUAAUAAUGUAAGACUUCAUCACGCACAACGGUUUAUUUUUUAAUUUAUUGAUUCGUGCAUUUGUACAUUCUCAUCAUCGCGACCGAUAAUAAAGGCUGUGUUUAUUGUAGCCAAAAAUGUUAGGUAAUUUUUUAUGUCAUCAGAUUUGAUGUCUAAUAUUUAACAACACUACCUGUCAUAGAGUGUGGAGGAGAAAAAGACAAAUUAUUUAAACAAUGUUACAUAUUUGUUAAAACUGUGUUCGACAAUGUACUCUCAAUGUAACAAGUGUAAAUAAAACAUAUACGGAACACAAAA